AUGCUGCAAAGCACUUUGACCCAACUGGUCUUUGCUUCAUGCAAUGACUCGGCUACUCUUCGAGACCUGGGUAGCCUGGCCUCAGUGAUCCUUCUACUUUCUGCUUUGCUCUAUAAAGUGCUCUAUAUCCCAGCGGUAUCUCCACCCCAAAGAUGCCAUUCCCCUCCGCGUUUGCAAUUGCCUGGCUGGAAGGUCACCCAGUUGUUCUUCGAGAAGAGGUUUGACUUCAUCAAGGAUGGCUUCAGGGCUACAUCAUCUUCCAUCUACCAGACCAGUCUGUUCCGACAUGCCGCCAUCGUUCUAUCCGGAGAUGAAGGCCGACAGUUCUUCUUCAAGGAGAAAGGUCUCUGUUUAUAUGAUACAUUUUCGAUCAUGAUGGGCAGUAGCGCUGCUCAAUUUGACCCUCACCAAGUCAGUGGCGUAGUCAGACGAAUGGCUUCCAUCCAACGACCUGAGAAUCUCCAGAAAGUGAUUUCACUGAUUCUGUCGGAAUGUCAGCGCAAAAUGAACGCAUGGGGUAGCAAGCGUAUUCUGGACCCCUGCUCUUCCCUUCACGAGGUCACUUUUCAAUUGGUCAUGUGCAUUGCUUCCUUUGAUAUCGCCAAUGAUCCAAUGCUUUUAGCUCGUCUCAAGUCACUUGUCGACACUGUCGACUCGAUAACUAACCCACACUCGACUUGGUUCCCCUGGUUACCUGGCCCAGCCUUGUUCCACAAAUUCUUUGCCUCCGUUCAAAUUUACAGAAUUGUUCAAGCGGCCAUUCACGCCAGAAAGAGGAGCGGAAUCAAGAGGAAUGAUAUGCUGCAGCAGAUGAUUGAUGAAGGAGAUAGUACAAUUCGGAUCUUCGGGUGCAUGCUAGGUCUAUCACUGGCUGGAGCUCGCGCCACUGGAACAAUAGUGACAUGGCUGAUCAUGCAUAUUUCCUCGGACCCAACUUGGUCCUCGAACGUUCAAGAGGAAAUCAAGACCUUUGUAUCUACUCACAUAUCCUCAUCAGUCUCUCUCUCUGGGAACGGCCUUGUCCAAGCCCUCUCGGAAAUUCCACUCGCAGCCUGGGAGUCCCAAAUGCCCAAUCUCGACCUCUGCAUACGUGAAACACUGCGCACCUCACAGCCAUACACAGCAGUGCGAAAGAACACCGGACCAGACCUUACAAUCGGGCCAUACGUUAUCCCCUCGGGAUCUCUCGUUUUGUAUCCAUUUUCGGAUACAGCACUCAAUCCGAAGUACUACCCGGACCCAACUCGCUGGGAUCCGUCUCGGGGAAUUGAAAAGGACACACCGUUUAUUGGCUGGGGUGCAGGAUCACAUGCUUGCAAAGGCCAGCGACUUGCUACUUUGAGUAUGAAACUGGUGGUUGUUUAUGCUUUGAUGCGGUUUGAUAUUACGAUGGUUGAUGACCAGGGCAAAAAGAUCAAUCGUCUCCCCCCUCCCGACUGGAAUGACUCUGCAACUUGUCGUCCAAUGGAAGGAUGCGGAAUCAAGUUCGUUGAAAAGUGA